AUGGGUUUGGAGAUUGAGAGCAAUCACCUUCUGUCCAACAUCGCUGUCAAUGGCAAACAUGGCGAAAACUCUGCUUAUUUCGAUGGAUGGAAGGCUUACGAAAGAGACCCAUUUCACCCCAAAAACAAUCCUCAAGGGGUCAUCCAGAUGGGUCUUGCAGAAAAUCAGCUCUGUUUUGAUCUGAUAGAAGAGUGGAUAAGGAAUCAUCCGGAGGCUUCCAUUUGCACUCCUGAAGGACUACGCCACUUCAGAGAUGUUGCAAUCUUUCAGGACUACCAUGGCCUUCCCAAGUUCAGGAAGGGGGUGGCAAAUUUUAUGUCCAAAGCGAGAGGUGGAAAGGUGAAAUUCGAUGAAGAUCGAAUAUUGAUGAGUGGAGGGGCCACAGGCGCUAAUGAACUUGUCAUGUUCUGUUUGGCUGAUCCUGGAGAUGCUUUUCUUAUUCCUGCACCUUAUUAUCCAGCAUUUCCCCGCGACUUAUGCUGGCGAACUCGGGCGCAAAUAAUCCCCGUGCAUUGUGACAGUUCCAACAAUUUCAAGAUAACAAGGGCGGCUCUUGAAGCAGCUUACGUGAAAGCUCAAGAGGACAAGGUCAACGUGAAGGGUUUGCUCAUAACAAACCCAUCAAACCCUUUAGGCACCACGUUAGAUAGAGAGACACUAAAAAGCGUCGUGCAAUUUAUUAAUGAAAAUAACAUUCAUUUAGUGUGUGAUGAAAUCUAUGCAGCUACUGUUUUCAACUCCUCGAGCUUUGUAAGUAUCUCUGAGAUCAUACAAGAUAUGGAGUUCUGCAACAAAGAUCUCAUUCACAUCGUAUAUAGUUUGUCAAAGGACAUGGGGCUUCCUGGAUUUAGAGUUGGGAUAGUUUACUCCAACAGCGACAAAGUGGUAAACAAUGGCCGCAAAAUGUCAAGCUUUGGAUUGGUCUCCUCACAGACUCAGCAUAUGCUGGCUGAAAUGCUUUCUGAUGAUGAUUUUGUGGAAAAAUAUCUAGCAGAAAGCUCAAGAAGAUUGGCUCAGAGGCAUAGUGUUUUCACAAAGGGGCUUGAGAAGGUGGGAAUUGCUUGCCUUCCAAGCAAUGCAGGACUUUUCUGUUGGAUGAACCUGAGAAGUAUGCUGAAGGAACAAACACUUGAAGGUGAAAUGAUGUUGUGGCGUAUGAUUGUGGAUGAUGUGAAGCUGAAUGUUUCUCCAGGCUCCUCUUUCAAUUGCUUGGAACCUGGUUGGUUUAGGGUUUGCUUCGCUAACAUGGACGAGGAAACCGUGGAUGUAGCAGUAAAGAGAAUCCAAGAUUUUGUGGGGAAAGAAACAAAGAAACCGGUGAAGGGCAAGAAUGAUCAAGGCCUUAAUCUCCGAGUCAGCUUCUCCUCUAGACGAUUUGAUGAGACUGUUUUGUCAUCACCUCAAAUGAUAUCUCCACAUUCAUCAGCUCACUCGCCCCUUGUUAAAGCCACUUAA